UUGGCUUAAAACGGUUUUUGUUAUUUUCAUAUGGUUGCUAGGUGCAGCGUUAUACAAAAAUGAUUUAUUUGGUCAAUAAAUUUGUCUUCGAAUAGAAAUAAGUUUAAAAUGGUCGGAAAAAGCAAAAAGAAAAGGAAUAGCAAGGAUUCUACAUCCAGUAAUGCCGGAAGUGGUGAAGGUGAGGAGAAAAAAAAGAAAGAAGGCGGUAAAAAGAAAGGGGGCGUGGGAAAGUCCAUAGGCUGUGACAUUUUCAAUGAUGCUGCCAUGGAAAAUGCAUACUAUGUGUGCCAUAAUGUGCAGGACGUUCUUAAAUCAAGAGGAUUUGCCUGGCCAGAUGGGCAAAAAAAGAAAAAGAAGGGAAAGCGCUAA